AAUAAUUAAACUGAGAAAUGCGGAAAUUUAUAAUAUUGGACAGGUGUCCAAUAACUGUAUAUGAACCAUUUUGUGUAAAAUCUAUGCCAAUCAACUAAAAACGAUUAGGUUUCUUCGCUAUACUUUUUACAGAUAUUUCAGAGCACUGUGAACAGUUAUUGGACGGAUGUCCACUAAUUAUAGAUAGAGUGUCCAAUAACUGUAUAAUAUGUUUAUUUUUAGUGACUAACGAUGCCUAAGGUCAAAUACUAUGAUAAAAGCAACAUAGAUAGGGCAGUGCAAGACGUCAUCAACAAAGUUGAAUCAUAUAGAUCUGCAGAAUUGAAAUAUGGAGUUCCGAAAUCGACUAUAGAAUUUAAAAUUAAGCAUCCUGAUCACAAAAAUACUUGUGGUCCCUCACCUGUUCUCAACGAAGAGGAAGAGAUGAUAUUGGUGAAGUAAAUGGAUUAAUAAUAUAAC